GCCUCCGCCUUUCCUCUGGAAGUUCGUGUGGACCACUACCGACACCUCCUCAGGGAGAAAACCAACGCUAACAUGUUGCCUUUGGUGGAAACCCGGUGAUUAUGCGGAACAGCGAGUACAUGACUUUUUCCUACCAGUACUCCGGGUUUCUGCAAGACUUUGGCUUAACAAGAGCAAGUAGUGACGCUUCCGCGGAAGGAUACGGAGCACAGAGAUGGGAAAUAUGAUACUGGUGGCGUUUCUGGUGCUGCACCUGCCAACAGAGCUGCUGUCCAUUCAGGUGGUCGUCCCAGAGGUUGAGAGAACAACAGCGCUGUUUGCUUCGGUGACGAUCCGCUGUGACUACACAACAUCAGCCAACCCCCAGGAGGUCCUCAUCACAUGGAGAUUCAAGUCGUUCUGUAAAGACCCGGUUCUGGAGUACUACUCCACAGCUUAUCAGGCGGCUCUCAGGUUGGGUCAGGAUCCUGCCAAUGACUGUCCAGACAGCCAGCGCACAGUUCGGACCGUCGUCCAGAAGAGAGGCACCAAUGAGCCAAUGCUGGGGUCAGAGUACAGAAAUCGUAAAAUCACAAUCCAGAACAAGGCUGACUUGGUGAUAAAUGAGGUGAUGUGGUGGGACAACGGCAUGUAUUACUGCAAUAUCGAUGCUCCUGGUGACACCACAGGCGACUCGGAUCGAGAAGUCAGACUCAUCGUGUACCACUGGCUAACUGUGCUAUUUAUCAUCAUCGGUGCUCUGUUGCUCAUCAUGCUCUUCUGCAUAUGCUGCUGUCAGUGCUGCCCGCAAAAAUGCUGCUGCUAUGUCCGCUGCCCCUGCUGUCCACAGACCUGCUGUUGCCCUGAAAAAGCCGUGAUGCAGCAUCGGAUGCUGAAACAAGCUCAGAAAGCCAUGGCUCCCUGGAUGUACGGUCAGCCUGUUUACUCCAACGUCAACGCCUCCUCCCAGGGUGUUCCCCUGCUCUACUCAGUCCCAGCCUCGGUGUCGGAUUACUCAACCAAACAAAACAUCUCCUUGACUCCCAUCCCUUUGGGACCCCUGGCCCCACAGCAGCAGCAGCCCCCUUUGCAUGCUCAGUAUGUGAUGAAUGGCAGCCUGCGCAGCAGUAAUCAAAGUGCCAACCCAAUGCUGGACUACCUGGAGAACCAGGUGAGAGGGCUGGAUGUGGGACCCCCUCAAAUGGCACCACAUGCUGUCCGAAACAUGCCCCCCUCACAGCCCCAACCCUCUCCUCCAGCCGUGACCUACGCCCCCGGCCCGCCGAGCAUGUUGUCGGCGCUGGAUGACAUGGGGGUGAAAGGGGUGGAAAGAAGGGUGAUCACUCUGCCUCCUAUCAUCCAGCGAGUUCCCAGCUUUUCCACCCGCAGGGAUCCUGCUGGAGACGGGCCUGGGGGGUAUCCGAGAAUGUCCAGUCACUCUAGUGGGAGUACUAACCGGUCAGGAGGGGGCCAACGGGGAGACAGCCGUGGCUAUAGAACCAGAGAGGACCUUCUACCAAGGCUGGGGAUACUGCGCGAGUACAGCGAUGAAUCGGACUGGGACAACCGGCGAGGACGAGCAACGCACAGGAGUUCAGGGAACGAGAGGGGCAGUUCGUCCAGGAGGAGAGAGCGAGGGUCCAGGCCGCGUGCCCGAAGCCGCGACGACUUGAUGGAGGAGCUGCAUAGCAGAUCGGCAAGGAGGGAGAGGAGCUACUCUCCUCCUAUGCACCACAAAGGAUCCUGGAGCUCAGAUGAGGGCAGCAGCCGGAAAAAAGGACGCAAAGUAAAGGAUUGGCCCGAGAAACCACCCAGCUACUACGCCAGUGAGGUGCAGCCUGGUCGCAGGAAUUACAGCCAUCUUUCUGUAAGAGCUUCCCCUACUGCUGACUCACACACCAAACCAGCAGUGUGUUAAAAUUUAACCUAUUUUGUCAUUGUGCUUUACUACCUUUAGUUUUCAGCCUUUACCUCUUUCUUGCUUCUUUAACCUGUGUGUGUUGUGGCUUUGAAAACAGUCCGCCAUUUUAUAGCAUAAACAACCUGAAAGAUCAAUUUAAUACUCAGCUUAGUUCCACUUUGAGGAAAUACUUCUUUCAUUGUACUUUGAAACCUGCUACAAAGUAUGAUGACCGUCAGAACCUACAGUGGCAGUAUCUUGACGCAUAAGUGUGAGCAUGAAGUAUAUUGGGUUUAUAGCAAUAUGUAAAUAAGUGAAUGAUAAAACAGAAAUGUACCAAUUAAUUACAUGGACAUAAUGUUAACAUAGAGUAUGUUUCUCCAGAUCUUGUGAGAAUUUUCUGCAGAGAAACUGAAAGAUACAUAUAAAAAAAAGUAAAUUUUUAUAUGUAAAAAUGUACUUCAUAAAAUGAAGUAAAUGCUUCAUCUUAUCAUUUCAAGCUGGAAACAUAAGAAUAAAACGACUCUUUAAAAACUGGCUGUUACAAACCUUGUCACUGUGGCAAAAAGAAUCAGUCUGUGUUCUUGAUCGCUCAAUCAGAUGCUCCUUUAGUCGUGUAGAGUAGCAGAUUGUGGCUUCGUCGCAGCUCUUCUCAUUGCUUCAGGUGAUAGAAUAAGCUCAUCAUCUCAAACCUUUUCUGGUCCCUUUUUGAUGGAAUUAAAGAAAAUUGGUACAUUAACAAGAUUCAGCUCCAACUCUUCCACAGACCUUUCACACUGCCCCCAAGUGGCAGCAGGUGGGUACAACCAAUAGAUGUGCAAAGCUCUUUAUCGUCUGUUCUUGCAUAGCUUUGGUUUCUUCCUCUCCUUUGGUGCUUUUUGGUUGUUUCUGUCUGUUUUUGGAUGUGGUAAUCAUAGCAUCUCUUGCUUAGACUCUAACCUUAACUUUUUUUCCACAUUUUUUUUCUCAUAGGAUAGAGGCUCCCAUAGCAGUACCAGCGUAGUCAUCUGAAACAUUUCUCUUAUAUUCCCCUGACUGCUUCCAAUUAAGAAGUUUGUAUCUGAUUAAUAAACUGAAAUGUUUCACAGACCUAAAACAUUUAAGACUGUAAAAAUAUGCACAUGCAUGUAGUAUAUGUGCACAUAUUUGAACUGUAAAUCCUUUGUGUGUGUAUUACAUCAAUAUAAUAAAUCAUGUUCAUUUCCAUUUUUGUUUGUUUUUAUGUAAAUCUUUCAUGUCUCUUUUUCUGUUUUGGGUGCUUUUCCCUGGUGAUGGAAAAAAAUCUUUAGGUUGAGGUAUACUUAGUUUCAACAAACACAUGAAGUACUUUGUCUUGAUUUUUUUUUUCUACAUGUUUUUGCAUAAUUCUGCAAUAUUUAAACAUUUAGUUUUUAUCUCUAAUAGAACAGCUGAAGCAGAAAGUACUUUGAAAUUAAGGAAUGAACAGAUUAGAUUUGAAAUUACUGUUGGCACUGAAAUAAUAUUAAAUGUAAUCUUACCUAACCAUUUCUUUUGUGAUAGAAAAGUAGUGUGUAUAAAAAAUGUUUGCAUGUGUUUUUUUUGUGUGGUUUUUUUUAAUAAACAUUGUCUAUGUAAAACCAAAGUGAUUUUGGUCACUAAAGUGCUUGAAUACUCCUGGAGAAAUUCACCUGAGGUUGAUUGGAGAUUUUCAAUGGAUCAUAUGUGAAUAUAUUUGACACUGUCAUAAAGGCAGAGCAAAACUUAUGUAGUAUUAUUUGCUGCAGUAAAUGUUACAGAUGACAAUUGCUGUCCUGUUGGUACAACAGGGUUGUACAAAUGGCAGCUCAUUAAAUAAAUGCAAUAAAUACA